AUGUCCAAAGAGGCUGAAGCAGUUGUUGUAGGCGACGGACUCGCUAGCGAUCCGGUCACCCAGCAGAGAUCAUGGAAAAGCUACGUAUGGGACACAUUCGACAAGCCAGCCGAGGAGCGGAAAUUCUUGUUCAAACUGGACGCUGCAAUUCUUACUUUCACUUGCCUGGGGUACUUUAGCAGAUUCCUGGAUCAGGCAAACAUCAAUAAUGCCUACGUAUCUGGAAUGAAAGAAGACUUGAACAUGCUGGGCAAUCAGUACAAUUACGCCACCACGCUUUGGACGGUCGGCUAUAUCAUUGGCGAAAUCCCUAGCAAUCUCAUCCUCACCAAGGUCCGGCCAUCGAUCUGGAUUCCUGCCCUAGAGCUUGUAUGGUCGACUUUGACGAUUUGUACCUGCCGAGUCACUACUGUCAAUCAACUGUAUGGGUUACGCUUCCUGGUAGGGUUAGCUGAAGCAGGAUUUUUCCCAGGCAUUCUCUACAUGCUUGGUUCCUGGUAUGGGAGGGACGAGCUUGCCAAACGCUCCGUCAUAUUUCACGUUUCUGGUUCAAUCGCCACCAUGUUUUCCGGUUACCUGAUGAGUGCCGUGAUUGGGUUGGGAGGAAGACACGGUUAUGCCGGCUGGCAAUGGCUGUUUAUCAUUGAUGGCGUUAUUUCUUUUCCAAUUGCCCUCUUAACAUUUUUCUUCUUACCUGACCAACCCCAUAACACCCGCGCCUGGUAUCUGAACGCACGAGAUAAAGAAAUUGCCUUAGAGCGGGUGAAAAGAAUUGGUCGGGCCAGCAAAGAAGGCUUCUCAAAGGAAAAACUCGUCAAGAUCUUUUCACGAUGGCACAUCUGGGUUUUCCCCCUGAUGACUGUGUUCGGAGGAGGUGCAGGAGGUAUUGGCCAGCCAAUGUUCUCUUUUUACUUGAAGGCAUCUAAGCACCCGAAAUACACCAUCAGCCAAAUCAACAACUAUCCUACGGCUACAGCUGCAGUGAUGGUCGUCGCCGAGUUGUUGUAUUCGUGGAUCUCUGAUGGUCCACUCAAUGGGAAACGGUGGCCGGUCAUGGUCUUCGCAUCAAUUUUCCAGCAGGUCAUUUGGAUUUCACUGCUCGUGUGGGACAUCCCCAAAGGGUGGCUCUGGUUUUGUUACAUUGUCAUGCAGCAGGGCAUUGCACUUGUGCCCCUGAAUCUGAUUUGGGUAAACGAGGUGUGCUCUGAUGAUAUGGAAGAGCGAGCUCUCGUCCUCGCCGUGGUCAACACUAUACAAUAUACACAGAGCGCAUGGCUUCCACUCCUUAUUUGGAAAGUUACCGACGCCCCACAGUACAAGAAAGGCUUCCCUACGGCCAUUGCAUUCACCGCCGUAGUUACAGGGGUGAUUUUUCUCAUCAGGCACCUCGCGAACAGGGAAAACAGACGGAAAAAGGAACUCGAAGACAGACUCAGCCCUGGCUUGGAGAGCAAUUCGAAUGCCUCUGAAGAUGUGGUAGUUCCCAAAUAG